UAUAUGAAUGUUUUACAAGAUUUUAGUGACAAAAAAAAAAAAAAAUUGUAACAAAAAUAAAAUUUUAGUGACCAAAUGAUACAAAAUAUUAAAAACAUUUUAAUUCAAAGACUAUAACAGCUUUCAGUUUUUUUUCGAAAAUCAUAACAAAGUACUAAAAGAAGAAUAACAAAGUACUAAAAGAAGAAUAACAAAGUACUAAAAGAAGAAUAACAAAGUAUUAAAAGAAGAAUAACAAAGUACUAAAAGAAGAAUAACAAAGUACUAAAAGAAGAAUAACAAAUUACUAAAAGAAGAAUAACAAAAUACUAAAAGAAGAAUAACAAAGUACUAAAAGCGGAAGAGAAAAUAAAAUGACGGAUUAUUCACAUUCCCCGCAACAUAAAAAAUGGAUAAAAAAAAGAAAACACACAGCCAUUGCAUUUGCAAUUCAAAGUUUGAUUUUAGGCAUAGAAUACAGUGUAACACUGUCAACUCUUUGGUUAUAUAUAAAAGAACUAGUAAAUACCGAAUCACCGAAAUUGUUUUACACAUUAGUAUCUGUUAUGUACACACUGUCAUUCUUCUUAAGUACUCCGAUUAUUGGAAGAAUAGUUGAUCGCACUCGUCAGGUUCAAGUUUGGUUUUUUAUCUGCAACUGCUUUUUAAUUUUUGGAAAUUUAUUUUAUAGUCUUCAUUUUUCACCUUGGUUUUUAGUGAUUGGCAGAUUUUUAUCAGGUUGCUGUGGUUUGAGUUCUGUUAUUUGUGCCGAGAUCAUUAGAAGUUAUCCAUCUAGUGAAACAAUUUUUCAGUUAUCAAUACAAUCAUUAGCUUUUAACUCUGGAUUUAUAAUAGGACCUUGUAUUAACAUUUUGUUUUUAAAAAUCGAUUUUUAUAUUGGAUAUUGGCAUUUAAAAAACUUCAAUUUUAUUGGAAUAUUUAUGAGCAUAGUUUGUUUAAUAAUGUGUUUACUUUCGUUUUUAAUGGUUCACAAUUUAUCGAAGGAAUUUGAUUUAAAAGGACAUGAAGAAAAAAAAGCUAAAAGCUUUGAUAUUACUAAUAUCGAAUUAUUUGGAGAGUCUCUAUUAUCCUUAAACAAUUCUGAUGUGAUCUUUGAUUUAAACAAAGAAUCUAUUGAAAUGUUACCGCUACUCAAUUCUACAAAACUUCAGAUUAGUAAUGAAACAGCUAGUUCAUUACCUCAUUUAAAUAUUUUUAUAAUUUUUAAAUUGCUUUUUACAUCAUUUGAUACGUCGUUGUUGUUGUUUAGUACGUUUUUUAUUCUACUUUUUCUCGUUACUUAUGACAUGUGGAUUCCGUUGUUUAUUAUAGACACUUUAAAAUUGUCUCUUUUAGAACUUAACAUUUGUAUUUUUGGUACAGGAAUAAGUUCUGUUUUAAUUCUGUUCUUUUGUAUAGUCAAACCAAUAUCCGAAGAAAAAAUGUUUAUCGUGGUUUUGAUUGGACUGUUUGGUAUUUGCAUAAUUAACGUGAGUUACAUUGUUUUGAAAUACUUUAAUUCUAAACCACUACAACUAAUUUUUGGCAUCGCAUUCAUGAUUAAUUUUGCUGGAGCAGGUAUAAUACCAGAGGUUUUUAUUACAAACACUUUAGCUAGAUAUGUUAGUUCAAAUAAUCAAGCUUUUGUGGAUGGCAUACGCAAUUCAAUGUUUGCGGCAGGAACUCUAACAGCGUUUUCAAGUGCUGCGUUUACAUUUGAAUACUUAAGUAUAAUUUCAUAUACAUUUAUUAUAUUAACAUUUUUUUUAAUGGUUUUGUGGAUGGCAAGAAGAACCCAUUUACUUAAUCCAAAACCAAUAUUUUAGCAUUUGUUACUUUUUUUAGUUUUUUUUCUUUUUUAAGAAUAUAUAGAAACAAUAAUUUAAA